AUGGGCCUAAAACGGCAUAACCCUUCAAAAUCGCCGUUUACUCUCUGCUCCUGCUCAUCUUCACCCUGUCAAUCUCUCAGAAAGAUGAAGGUGGUCGCCGCGUAUUUACUCGCCGUCCUCGGAGGCAACUCCAGCCCCUCAGCCGCUGUCAUCAAGGAUAUUCUCGGUUCUGUUGGAGCAGAAGCAGAUGAAGAUAGGAUAGAACUAUUUUUGUCUGAAAUCAAGGGAAAGGAUAUAGUUGAGGUUAUUGCUGCCGGUAGGGAAAAGUUGGCCUCAGUUCCCUCUGGUGGUGGUGGUGGCGCUGUUGCUGUAGCCGCAGCACCUGGGGGAGGUGGUGCUGCUGCUCCUGCCGCCGAGGCAAAGAAAGAGGAAAAAGUGGAAGAGAAAGAGGAAUCAGAUGAUGAUAUGGGUUUCAGUCUUUUUGAUUAA